AUGGCCGCCGCGCCCUCGCUGGCCACGCUGCAGAACCUUGUCCGGCGCGACCCGGAUGGCUACACCGAGGAGGUCGGCCGGCGGCUGCGCCACUUCCAGUCGCUGCUCGCGCUCGUCGAGCAGCAGCCGGGGAGCAGCCCGGCCGACUUUCUGCCGCUGCUGAGCUUCGUCUCGCACAUCGCGGCGUGCUUUCCGUCGCUGAUGGCCGACCUGCCCGAGGGGCUCGGCCGCCUCCUCGAGGAGCGCCACGACGUCCUCGAGCCCGCCGUGCGGCGCGCGCUGCUGCAGGCGCUCGUCCUGCUGCGGAACCGCGGGAUGGUCCCGCCGCUCGCGCUGCUGCAGCGGUGCUUCCGGCUGUUCCGCUGCCGCGACAAGACGCUGCGCGCGCGGCUGUACGCCUACGUCGUGACCGACAUCAAGACCGCCAACCGCAAGGCGCGCGACCAGCCGCUCAACCGCGCGCUGCAGAACCACGUCAUCCACAUCCUGCAGGAGCCGAGCUCGGUGGGCGCAAAGUACGCGCUGCGCGCGAUGAUCGAGCUGUACCGCAGGCAGGUCUGGCGCGACGCCAAGACCGUCAACGUCAUCGCCUCCGCCCUCUUCUGCCCCCACCCAAAGCUGCGGAUCGCGGCGCUGCACUUUCUGCUCGGCGCGCACGACGCGCCGCGCGACGGGGAGGACUCGGAGGAGGAGGAGCUUCAGGAGGCGCGCGGCGCCGUCUCCAAGCUGCGCGAGCAGCUCGGCGGCAAGGACGGCUCGCACGAGUCUCGCCCCGGCCGCUGCGUCAACAAGAAGAAGCGCAAGCUGCAGCGCGCCAUGCGCUCGACCAA